CAGCAGCAGCAAGUGCCUGAGUGAAAUGCGCAGAAUGACAGUUGAAGAUUAAAUAGCUAUAUUCAUUAUUUUACAGUUUGUAAACAUGUUUCAUCACUGACCGAGCAAAAAGACGAAACUGCGAACUCCUGAUGACGUGUGGAGUGAGGUUUCGAGGGAACGCUGUGUUUCCAAGCAGCUAUGGCACAUGUCUCUACAGACACCACAUGUCCAGGUCGGUCCGGUGGAACAUGUGCAGAACGUACUGCACCCAGCAGCAUAGCCCAAAAGAUGAGCCCAGUAAAAUGACAGCAGUGAAAGAACGCACAGCGUCUGUCUUGACGUUCACAGGAGAGUUAGGGCGCCAGUUGGGCCGGAAAACCGUUAAAGUCGUGACUGUGACUGUCAACAAUUGGUGGGUGAAAUACGAGGAGUUUGUCGGGCUUAAUGAAGUCAGAGAUGCUCAGACACAAGUCACUGAGGGGGAGAAGGCCUUCAUGGUGGCCAGAGGAAUCGUGCGAGAAGCUCAUGGUAGCCUGGAGGCCCUUCAGGUUCGGCUGAAGGAGGUGAGGGACCGACUGGACCGUGUGUCACGAGAAGAGGCACAUUAUCUGGAGUUAGCCACAAUGGAGCACAAGUUACUACAGGAGGAGAGGCGUCUCAGAACAGCCUAUGAGAAUGCAGAGGAAGGCGAGCGAGAGAAGUUCGCCCUGUUCUCCGCUGCUGUGCGCGAAAGCCAUGAGAGAGAAAGGACGAGAGCCGAACGCACCAAGAACUGGUCCGUCAUCGGGUCCGUGCUGGGCGCCGUUAUCGGGGUGAUGGGGUCUACUUACAUCAACAGGGUACGUUUGCAGGAACUCAAGAGCUUGUUGUUGGAAGCCCAGAAAGGACCGGCGAGUCUUCAGGAAGCCAUGAAGGUCCAAGACAGCAUGUACAAAGCCCAGCAAGAUGAACUCGGCAACCUCAUCGGCUCACUCAGGUUGACUGUAAAAGGCAGCGUAGAUGAUGUGAAAGCGGUCAGGCCGGCGAAUGUCCCACCGAGACACUUCGUAGCCCAAACUGUCCCAUCAAGUUCCUCGGAUAAAGCGAUCAAAGAGAUUCUUCAGCAUACCCAAAGAGCCCAAGGGCUCAUGGAGAGCAUUAAACCUCAGCUGGAACAUCUGGAGGAGAACGUCGUGAAGGUCGAGACUGAGUUACGGGCGGUGAAGACCACCUUACAGACUCGUCCCAUCGAGAAGCCGCUCAUUCAGACGCGAGACAAGCAACUGUUAGUGUGCGAUACGGAGGUGGUCAUCCAGGGCCUCGAUCAGGCUGAGAAAAGAUUGGACGCUCAGAUUAGCAAGACGAGUCUGUAUAGCACAGUCGUAACGUGUGCCGUGUUCGCCGUGACCGUACCGGUUUUGUAUGUGAUUUUGAAAGGUACUUGAAACUCUACAUGGACGUUUACACUUUAGGGGCCAUUAAACACACAAGAGAAUUUAAAAGGUAUAAUAUAACUACAUUGUCUGCACUGAAAUCAUGCAAGUGUUGUCGUAAAAGAUUAAUUAAAUUUCUCAAUGCUAA